CUCCAGGCCGGAAGCGGCGGUAUCGAGUUCAUGUAGCGGUAAAUAAAUGGAGAAAGGCAGAGGGCGAAGAAGGAAACAUGCUCAAUGGAAAUCUCCAGAAUGGAUUCUAUUUGAUAUUUGAGAGUCUGUUGUGUUAGCAGGUGAAAACCUGUCAUUAAAGUGACCCAGCAUCCUAUAAAACGCUAUAUCUUUCUAUCCAGAGCACUUUACACCUCGGACAGGACGACGGCUCGGUUGAUGGCGGAACCGUUGUUUUCCUCCUCCACAGAUUUUCCCAUCAUGUCUCUGUCGGUGAUAAUAAAGUGGGGAGGACAGGAAUACUCCGUCGGCGCUUUGUCCGAAGACGACACCGUGCUGGACCUGAAACAGUCCAUUAAAUCUCUGACUGGAGUCCUGCCUGAACGCCAGAAACUGCUGGGCUUGAAGAUCAGAGGGAAACCAGCUGACGAUGGCACGAAGCUCGGCCUGCUGAAGCUUAAACCCAACACCAAGAUCAUGAUGAUGGGCAGCAGAGAAGAAAGUCUGGAAGACAUCCUGGCUCCUCCUCCUGACAGUGAUGAUGUCAUCAACGACUUUGACAUCGAAGAGGAAGUGAUCGAGGUGGAAAACAGAGAGGAGAACCUGGCCAAGAUCACACGUCGCGUCAAAGACUACAAAGUGGAGGAGUUAAACCCACCUAGAGAGGGGAAGAGGUUACUCGUGUUGGACGUCGAUUAUACGCUGUUUGAUCACAAGUCGUGUGCAGAGACGGGGCACGAGCUCAUGAGGCCGUUCCUGCACGAGUUCCUCACGUCUGCGUACGAAGACUACGACAUCGUCAUCUGGUCUGCAACAAGCAUGAAGUGGAUCGAUGCCAAAAUGAAAGAGCUGGGUGUUUCAGAUAAUCCUAACUACAAGAUCACCUUCAUGCUGGACAGCGGAGCCAUGAUCACAGUUCACACACCUAAGAGAGGCGUCGUGGAGGUGAAGCCGCUCGGAGUGAUCUGGGGGAAGUACGGCGAGUUUUACAACAGAAAGAACACCAUCAUGUUCGACGACAUCGGCAGGAACUUUCUCAUGAACCCACAAAAUGGACUGAAGAUUAGACCUUUUAUGAAGGCUCACUUAAACCGAGAGAAAGACAAGGAGCUUCUGAAACUGUCCCACUACCUGAAGGAGAUCGCCAAGCUGGAAGACUUUUCAGGUCUCAACCACAAACACUGGGAAAGGUACCUCUCAAAGAAGCAGAGCCAAUGAAGCAGCUAGAGCAUUUAUCCUCAAGAAGAAGUGAUGCUCUCUCAUUCUCUCUCUCUCUCUCUCUCCACACACACACACACACACACACACACACACUCUGCCUCAGAAAGGGAAACACUCACCUGUACAGUUCCUCUGUGUGCUGAAUAAAUAAGCAGCGACUGUAGCGUGAGACGCCGGUCUUCCCUUCUUCAUCCUCUCUCCAUGUUGGUGGAACAUCACAUCACUCUGAGGCUCUGAGCAGAACGUUUCUGAGACAAGGGAACAUUUCUAAUAAACACCAUAAUGUUCAAUUAA